AUGACAUGUGCCCGCCAGCAGCCCCCGCUGGGGGAUGACGCGCACCUACCCCCACCAGCUGCCCGUGCACAAGAUGACGUGUGCCCGCCGAGAGAGGACACGCACUCGCAGGUCACCCACACACGAGAUGAUAUGUGCCCGCCGGCUGCCCGCGUGGGAGAUGACACGCAAGAGAUGGCUAGCGCCUGCCAGUCACCUGUGCUGGGGGGAUGGUGUGCGCCCACACAGAAGAGACAACAGGACAAUGCAUAUAAGAGUAUACAGGAAUCACAGGAAACCCAAAUAUCCAACCACCUGGAUGAAGUUGUUGCUGCUGUCAGCUUAACACCCAAAGAGAAGAUACAAAAUAAACUUCCUCAGUCAGCGCUGUUCCGGCCUCCUCAAGAGAAGCUCCAGCUCUGUGAAGAGAAAGCAAAGUCCUACUCCAGCUGUCACCACUACAGGCAAGCCAUACAGGAACUGGUUCGUUGCGUAGCGCUGACAAGAAUUUGCUAUGGUGACUGUCACUGGAAACUGGCAGAGGCAUAUAUUAAUUUGGCUCAAGGCUACCUUCAGAUGAAAGGGUUGUCACUGCAAGCAAAGCAACAUACUGAAAAAGCCAAAGAAGUUCUCGCCAGCUCCAUUGAGCCUCCCUAUAAUGAUAAUACAGAUGUUUUCAAGUGUUCAGUUGAUCUCUUUCACACCAUGGGGAGAGCCUUCAUUGGACUUCAAAAAUUUAAGGAAGCUUCAGAGAAUCUGGCAAAAGCAGAAAGACUCUCAAAGGAGCUUCUGCAGUGUGGAAGAAUCAUAAAGGAAGAAUGGAUGGAAAUUCAAGAGCAACUCAAGCUAUCAUUGGCGCAUUUGUAUCAAGGUCAGAAGAAAUUCAAAGAAGCUUUGCCUCAUUACCAAGAGGCUUUGGAAUGUAUUGAGAGCAACAAAGGCAAAAAAAGUCUAGAGUGUGUUCCAGUACUGAGGGAACUGGCAGGAGUAGAACAAGCCUUGGGAAUCCAUGACUCAUGUAUCAGCCAUUUAUUACAGGCGCAUUUCAUCAUCCUGAAUAAAUGCUCCUCUCAAGAAGAAGCUGCCGACUCUGCACACUUGGUGGCCCAGGCUGCUGUUACAUCUGGGAGACCAGAGCAUCAUGAGGUGGCUGAGCAGUAUUUCCAAGAGAGCAUGGCUAAUCUGAGAGGAGCUGAAGAUAUGAGAAGAGGCAAAUUCCUUUCCAUUCAAGAUGAGUUUUGUCAUUUCCUGAAAAGGACUGGGCAAGAAGCGAGAGCACUGUCCUUGCUAAAAGAGUCCUUAGGAGCCAAGGUGGAAGCAUUUGGUGAUUUCAGUCCUGAAGUGGCUGCGACAUACCGGCUCCUGGGCAAGGCAGACCUGGCGGAGGGGAACCACAGCAAGGCCCGCAAGAAACUGAAGAAGUGUCUUCAGAUUCAGACCCUCUUAUAUGGAGCACAGGACAAGAGGACCCUGGCCACACAGCAGACUGUUGACAUCUUGUCUAAGUGA